CUGUGUCAGGCCACCCAUUACAGGAAGGUGGCACCUUCUAAGGAUGUUGGGAAUGAUGGAUGCCUGACGUCCUGAAUGCUUCCUUCUCUGCCCCGUGAAACGUGCUUUGCGUACGUGAAGUCAUUGAAUCUCCUGUGAACCUCCUACCGUUUUCCAGUAAGGAGGUGGACGUACAAAGGUGCUUUCUUUCCGUUGUGGCAAGUGGUCAAGCCAGGGUCGUGGGCAUUCUGCGGCAGAAGCGCGGCAGAAACACAAAGCGUGCAGGGUUGGGUCUCGAGGCCCAGGCUUGUGGCUUUGGGGCUUGGGGGCCGUCAGUGAAGGGACAGCAUGGGCCGCACAGCCACGUGAUCACCUGCCAUGGCCCUCACUGUUCUUGUUACGCUGCCUGAUCUGAGCCUCUUGACGAUCUAUGUACUGGAGUUACCUGUCUUCCUAGAAACAGGCUGAGAACGUUUAGCCUGCACAGAACCAUUCAAGGGAGUGGGAGCUGGGUUUGGGCCCAGGCUGUAUGACUUAAAAGUCAGUUCUUUCCAGUGGAUAAUAGACCAGCAAUUAACAUUCAUAAGGAGUGAAUGGUCUUGCGAAGGUUAUUUAGAAUGCAUGACAAAGAAGGAACCCUCCAUGGUUAAUCACAUGGACAUUUAAAAAAAAAAGUGCUCUCUUCGACCAGAUGACCGGCCUAAUCUCUUCAAAUAUGACCCUAUGCUGAAAAGAAUAGGACUGACCACUCUAGAUUCAAGGACGUUACACCUGAGAACCAAAUGCAAUGUGUGUGUCAUGAUGGGAUCCUCGGUGUUUUUUAAGCCAUUUUGGGGGGCAAUUGGGGUAAUUGGAUGAUAGACCACAUAUUAGAUAAAAUCGCAUUGACAUUAAGUUUCUUUUUAAUUUUUUUAAUGUUUAUUUUUGAGAGACAGACAGAGUGCGAGUGGGGGAGGGAGGGGAGACACAGAAUCCGAUCAGGGCUCUGAGCUGUCAGCAUGGAGCCCGCGGUGGGGGUCGAACUCGCAAACCAUGAGAUCACGACCUGAGCCGAAGUCGGACAUUUAACCGACUGAGCCACGCAGGUGCCCCGACGUUAAGUUUCUUAGUGCGAUAAUGGUCUGUGGUCAUGUAGAAGAAUGGCUUUAUUUCUGGAUUCAUGUGGGGUGAACUGCCAUCCUGCUGCAACUUAUUUUUAAAUCAUUCAGCCUGGAGAGUAUGUCAUUUACAGGUGCAGAAAAAGAGAACCAAGGAUCUAAGUGAAGGGUACACAAAGCGUAUGUUUUACUGUUCCUUCAACUUUUCUGGGAAGAUUAAAACAUUUCAGUAAAAUGGUGAGGUGUCCUUGAACCAGUGCACAGAUAAGGUGGAUGUGGUCCCUCCGCACAAUGGAAUAUCACCCAGCUGUGGAAACGAUGCGCUGAUGGGUGCUAUGACGUUAUGGAUGUCGACAACACCGUGUCAAGUGAAAGAUCCACACGUGAGACGCGACGUGUCCUUUUUGUUCCAUUUCUACGCAGAUGCCCACAAAGGACAGACCAAGAAGACUGCCACAACAGCGGUAGCUGGGGGCCAGUGGCGACAGGGUGGGAGGUGCCUGAAAAGGAACAGUGUCUUGGUGGCGUGAUGGAAUGUGGAAUUGGAUGGUGGCCGUGGUUGCUCAAGUGCGGGUAGGCCACCAACCACCGAGAUGGACGUUUCCAAAUGGGGAAUUGUUUCGUAUGCGGACUCUAUCAGGAGAAAAGCAUUCAGAAGGAAGGCGUUGCUGCUGUUCUGCCACAGGCUCGCUCGGUGCUGGGUGCUGCCUGCCGGGUGGAGGGAGGUCUGGGCGUGAAGCCGGUCGGUCGGGCCGCUCUCCAGGGUGGGUUACUCGUCACCUCCUGGCUCUUCUUGUGUCCAGGACGUCUGCUUGUGUUCUUAAGGUUAAAGACCGAGGUCCAGAAGCCACAAGAAGAUUUUUUAAUUGGUUUUAUUGGAGCAUUAAUCUGGGAGCAAUCAUUUCCCUGGGAGGCAUUGCCUACAUUCAGCAGAACGUGGGCUUUGUGACCGGCUACCUCAUCCCAGCGGUCUGCAUCGGGGUGGCUUUCCUGGUCUUCCUCUGUGGCCAGAGCGUCUUCAUCACCAAGCCGCCCGAUGGCAGUGCCUUCACGCAUGUGUUCAGGAUACUGGUGUAUUCGUGCCGUCCCCAGAAGCGGAUCGGAGAGCACGGUCACAGUGGUGAAGGCGUUGGAGCCCUUCAGCACCCUUCUAAACACAGUCUGUUUGAUUCAUGUAAGAGGUCUCGCGGAGGGCCGUUUACGGAAGACACGGUGGACGACGUGAAGGCCCUUGUGAAGAUCGUCCCCGUCUUCUUGGCUUUGAUACCCUACUGGACCGUGUACUUCCAAAUGCAGACAACGUAUGUUCUGCAGAGUCUUCACCUGAAGAUUCCGGCAAUUUCCAGCCUCACGGCCACUCCUCACACGUUCCCGGCGGCCUGGCUGACCAUGUUCGACGCAGUUCUCAUCCUGCUGUUAAUUCCCUUGAAGGAUAAACUGGUUGAUCCCAUUCUGCGAAGAAACGGCCUACUCCCAUCAUCCCUAAAAAGGAUUGCCGUUGGAAUGUUCUUUGUGAUGUGCUCUGCUUUCGCUGCAGGAAUUUUGGAAAGCAAAAGGCUGGACCUUGUUAAAGAGAAAACCAUUAACCAGACCAUCGGAAGGGUCGUGUAUUACGCUGCCGACCUGCCCAUAUGGUGGCAGGUCCCACAGUACGUGCUGAUUGGCGUCAGUGAGAUCUUUGCAAGUAUAGCAGGUCUAGAGUUUGCCUACUCGGCGGCCCCCAAGUCCAUGCAGAGCGCCAUCAUGGGCUUCUUCUUCUUCUUCUCUGGCGUCGGCUCGUUCGUGGGCUCUGGACUGUUGGAGCUGGUGUCCAUCAAAGCCAUCGGCUGGAUGAGCAACCACACAGACUUCGGGAACAUCAACGGCUGCCGUCUGGACUAUUACUUCUUCCUCCUGGCUGCCAUCCAGGGAGCCACCCUCCUGCUGUUCCUCGUCGUGUCUGUGAGGUACGACCGUCCGCGGUCCCGGGCCAUCAGUGCGCCCGCCGGCCGGAGGACCUGACGGCCCCGAGGCCACAUCCACAGGAUGGAAGGGGGCCGUGCGCCGCGCCGGCCGGGCCGGGGGACUCGUGGUCGCCGUGCAGGGGCGGCCCCUUCUUCCCUUGCCUUCUCCCAGAUGAGCUGGGUAAGUGCCUUUCCGUGGUUUCCUUCCGGGGGCAGAAGCCGAGCCCCGCGGACGGGGACCCGCGGCGGAUCCGACCAGGGCCCGAGACCGCGCGUCUGGUCUGCGUCCUGGCACUGGUAGCAGAUGCUGUGGCCUCCUGCCCGCAGAGACCGUAUCCUCUCACUUUGUUUCCUUGUGCUUGAGAAGCGUCCGCUCAACCUUGAACGGGAGGGCUUUUCAGGAGACAAGAACGUGGGCAGGUGCCGCAAGGACUUGGUGCGAAGGUCACGUCCGCGGUUUCGCUCGUAAGCCGCCGAGCUCUCCAGUGCCGGGUUUUUCCGUGGCGAAUGUGUUUUAUCCGUGUCUUCAGAAACUUACUUUUAAACCAUCGACGAUUGUUUUCUCACGAAAGAACGUGCGUCGAGAAACAUUGAAGGCCGUGUGACCUGUCUCAGGCGAGCAGGAGCCCUGAGGGGGUGUGAGCCUUGCGUUGUCUGUCCUGACAUGUCAUCCCAUCCUGGGCGCCGUCGAGGGCGAAGACUGGUCACCGAGGCGGUCGGGGAGCCUCACUCCGAGCGGAACUCGAGAUUCAAGGCCACUGGCAGUGUUAAAUGUCCCGAGCGCGCUUGAACCGUUGGGCGGUCUGUGUCGUUGUUUCAUGUGGCUGUGAGGGUUCUGAUUUGUUAAAUAAACUACUCUUUCUUUGUUGCUGUAUCUCUGGCGUAACCUUAUUAUAAAAAGCCCCUCAAAUGUGGGACCCAGUAACUACUUCUUUGCGUGGUUUGUGCACGGCCUUCGCUUACUUGCAUCGGAGGCCAUGGGGAUUCAUACACUGUCGUCUCCUGAGUCCCGAGGUGAUAAAAGUCACAGUAAAAUACCCGUUCCCGUCACAGCUCUUUGAUUCUUCCAAGAUAGCGUUUCCUAAUCCUGCUCUGCAUAUUCGGAGAAAUAUGCAGAUUGCAGAUUCAGGGAAAACAAAACAUGAACACAAAACCCCCUCACUGUUUUAAUGGGUUUUGUGGGUUUUUCUUUUUGUUUUGCUUUGUUUUUUU